UCAGUAAUCACCGAUUACUACAGUAAGAAGCAGAAUUAGAAAGUGUCCUUAAUUAACUCGGCAGUUAGCUCAACUGCUCCUUCGCUUCACACACUGCAGUUUCCUCGCCUGAGAAUCCCGGAAUUAGAACAGAACAAACAAAUCUAGUUAAUCAACCAUUACCAAAAAGGAAAAGAGAUGUUGUCUUCUUCAGCAGUUUCUCUCUCUUCAUCUGCAACAACUUUCUCUCUCUACAAUACCAAAAGGAUCGUGAGCACUGCUGGCAGCAGGGCUUCAUGCCUCCCUAUAUCUUCUUCUCCUCCACUCUCUCUCUCAUCGUCGCUCUCCCUCUCCCAUGCCUUCAAUCCCCUCAGCUUAAGGUCUUUGAUCGCUCAACGUGAUGAAAGGAUCGCCAAGUCGAGGAGCAGAGUCCGAGGUGUUAAUGUUGUUUGCUCUGCCGUUCCUCUCACCUUUCGCGAUUUGCGGUGGAUCUCCACCGUUUCUUCUGUGGUUUUGAUACUGGCAAGGGGCACCCCUGUGCAUAAAUCAUUCCUUGUUCCAUUGUUUGCUUUGCAAGCACCUGCUGCUGUCAUUGCCUGGAUCAAAGGUACAUAUGGUGUGUGGUUGGCAUUUGUAGCACUUCUGGUUCGACUCUUCUUCUAUAUUCCUGGUGAACUUGAGUUGCCAUUUCUAGCACUUCUCUUGGUCAUCCUUUCCCCUUAUGAGGUCAUGAGAUUUAGGGACACAAAAGAAGGUGCUAUCAUUUCAUUAUUGAUUGCAGUGUAUUUGGCUUACCAGCAUUUCUCAAGAACAAGUUUACAGAAAUCACUUGAUCAAGGUUCAAUUGUUGCCACCAUAGCUGUUGUUUGUAUCACUAUUGCAUCUUUGUUGCUUCUGAUCUGAGUUGCUUUAGAAUGAUGUAAACUCAUAAUAUGUUGUACAUAAUAAUGCCUGUCAGUGGUGAUCAUUGUGUAAUAUAUCAUAUCUGGAUUCUGUACUUUUUCCACUAAUUAUUGCUGAUUCAAAUAAAGAGGUUAGGUUUGUUUUGUGAUAGAAA